AUGGUUGAUUUUGAAGGCCAAAAGUUCGUGGAAACGUUCACCGUCUCGGUCGUUUCUUCGACUGCCUCGGUCGGUUUUGUGCUCGGGUACCUGUUGCAAGACUACGACUUGAUGCGGAAUUUAAUUUUCGCGGGAAUUGUCGCCUCUGUGGUGGUCACGCUCCCGAGUUGGCCGUUUUUGAAACGCAAUCCGAUCGCAUGGAGGGAGAUCGACGACGAGCAUCCUUCGGCGAAAGAAGAGGACGAGAUUGAAGAGGAGGACGAUGAGGAGGCGAAGAAAGACAAGAAAGAGAACGCUCUGAAACGAAUGAUCCGGCGGGUUUUCGUGUAG